AUGGUGGUGCAACCCAUGCGAAUGGCAACCAGCCAUUUUUUUACAAUACGACCAUACAGAGAACGAAAAGAUGAGAGCAGAGUGUCUGUGACCGAGAGAUACGAAAUUCUUGGAUACAUAGCGGCUGGAACAUAUGGAAAGGUUUACAAAGCAAAGGGCAAAUUGGGGAAUUUCAAAGAUCAUUUAUACGCAAUCAAGAAAUUCAAAACAGACUCGAAAGACAACGAGGUGGCACAUUAUACAGGAAUAUCACAGAGUGCAAUCAGGGAGAUGUCACUCUGCAAAGAGUUGAAUCAUAAAAACAUAUCAAAGCUUUCGGAGAUCAUACUGGAAAAGAAAUGCAUAUACAUGGUGUUUGAGUUCGCUGAGUAUGACUUACUUCAGAUUAUUCACUACCAUUCACACCCGAAGCCUCGUCCAAUACCGGAGAUCACGUUGAAAUCUGCAGUCUAUCAGAUAAUGCAAGGGCUUUCGUUUCUUCACCAGAACUGGAUCCUUCAUAGGGACCUCAAACCGGCAAAUAUUAUGGUUACUAGUGACGGAGUAAUCAAGAUUGGAGACUUGGGUCUUGCAAGGAAGUUUAAUAAUCCACUCCAAGGUCUCUACACUGGUGAUAAAGUGGUGGUCACGAUCUGGUAUCGUGCACCAGAGCUUUUAUUAGGGGCACGUGACUACACACCUGCAAUAGACACCUGGGCUGUCGGGUGUAUACUGGCCGAAUUGCUCUCGCUUAGGCCCCUGUUUAAGGGUGAAGAGACAAAGAUCGACAACAAGAAGCACGUCCCAUUUCAGGAAAACCAGCUACUAAAGAUUCUUGAAAUUCUGGGAACACCAACACUUUCCAAAUGGCCCUCUUUGAACAGUUAUCCUGAAUAUCCCCAACUGACGAGGUUCACCUUAUUUCCUCCAAGCUUGAAAGCUUGGUAUCGCUCGAAUAAUGGAUCCAACCAGAACUGCCUCAGACUUCUUUCACAGCUGCUAGAGUAUGAUCCAUCAAAGCGUAUAAAUGCAUUGGAUGCAUUGAAUCAUCCGUGGUUCAAGGAGUACCCGAAACCUGCAGAAAAUAUAUUUGAAGGGUCCAAGUUUAGAUAUCCACAGCGUAAAAUUCAGAGGGAGGACACGGAUAUUCUUGGAAACAGCGGUAAGCAAGCUUUUGAGCAUCACCAGCAUAUGCGAGCAGUGAAUAGGAUGAAGAGGCCAUUUCCUCUGGGAAUUUCUAAUUCUUCUGCCGCGUAUAACGGUAAUGUGGCCAAGAGGAUUGCCAGAUAA